AUGCGUCUCUCAAUUAUCUGUGCCCUGUUUGUGGGAGCCGUGAUUGCUAUUCCCCAUGGGGCUCAAGAACACGAACAGCGUGUGCAGCAGUCUACGACCGCUUCCGCCUCAAUGUCAAGCACUAUGCCGAUGAAAAGGGCAACUUCAACUACCAGCGCGACUCCGUCAGCCUCAAUGGAAGCUCAGAAGAGAAUGUUGCCGUAUGAAUAUGAGAUCCUUUGA